UGAAUGGGAGUUGUGGCUUCUUUGUUACAGUGGCGAAAGGGAAAACCAAAAGAAAAAAAAAACACAGAAGAAAUAAAUAAAAAGGAAAAAAAAACGGAGAAUGUGAUUGGUCCCUCUCUCUCUCUCUCGUCCAUCGCCUCUGCAAUUUCUCUCGAGCAAAACCCUAGUUUCAGGUUCGGGCCUUCCUUCUCUCGAAUUUCGAUCUUCUUUCAACAAUACUCGUUCGAUUUCGACUAUUCCCGAGCUCCCUUAGGUUCAAAUCUUGAUUUAGGGUUUGUAGCGAGUCCUCAAGUUCUGAUUUUUUAAGUGAUUGAGCUUACUUAACGAUGAGUGGUACUAACGAGCAAACUCGAUCUGGCUCCAACGGCAACGGGGAGGGCAUUAUCGGGAUUCCCGACGAGCUACGUUGCAAGAGGUCAGACGGGAAACAGUGGAGGUGCACAGCGAUGUCCAUGCCCGACAAGACCGUGUGCGAGAAGCACUACGUCCAGGCCAAGAAGCGUGCUGCUAACUCGGCUUCACGCGCCAGCCAGAGGAAAGUGCAGAGGAGGAGCUCGCCGGUGCUAGGCGGCGGCGAGACGGAUACUUACUCCGAAGGGAGAGUCGAGGAUCAGCAGCAGCAGCAGCAGCUCGUGAUGAUGAUGAUGCCUAGCAGCAACGGUCAUCACGCCUCUGGCUCCUCCAAGUAUGAUGGUGGUGGUGGAGUUAGAGAGAAGAGGCACGAUAAAAGCAUGAGUAGUAGUAGAUAUGUGCCGGAUACGCCUGUGGUGAGGAACUUCUCUGCGCGCGUUGCGGUGGAUUUGAAUGAUGAGGUGGCUGGUGAUGGUGGGAUGUUCGAAGAGAGCUAUAGAUCGUAUAGGACACCACCAUCUGCUGCUGCUGCUAUGAUGGACCGGUCACGCGAGAGAUCACACCAAAGCAUGAGUCCUAUGGAGUACUCAGCAGAAGAAAGCACAGAUGUGUCUGCAGAGUCCGUGGGGCAAACUUGUCAUCACUGCCUGAGAAAAGAUAGAGAGAGAAUCAUAUCUUGCCUCAAGUGCAAUCAAAGAGCCUUCUGCGACGCUUGUAUAUCGACACAGUACUCGGAGAUAUCACUUGAAGAAGUUGAGAAAGUCUGCCCUGUGUGCCGUGGUUUGUGUGAUUGCAAACACUGCCUGCGUUCUGAUAAUACAAUAAAGGUCCGGAUGCAGGCAGUACCCGUUUUGGACAAGUUGAAGUAUCUAUAUCGUCUACUAUCAUCUGUCCUUCCAGUGAUAAAGCAGAUCCAUCUUGAUCAAUGUACAGAAUUAGAAUUAGAGAAGAGGCUUCGUGGAGCUGAGAUUGAUCUUGUCAGGGCAAGAUUGAAAGCAGAUGACCAGAUGUGCUGCAACGUGUGUCAGGUACCAGUUGUUGACUACUACCGUCGUUGUCCGAACUGCUCAUUUGACUUGUGCCUGAGAUGCUGUCAAGAUCUACGUGCUGAGUCUUCGGUUGAGAUUGGUGUGACUAGCCAAACCGUAGGUGACAGAACAGGAGUUCCUAAACUAAAACUGAACUUUUCAUACAAGUUUCCUGAAUGGGAAGCCAACAGCGAUGGGAGCAUCCCUUGCCCUCCUAAGGAAUAUGGAGGCUGCGGUUCCAAGUCUUUGAACCUCGCUCGCAUUUUCAAGAUGAAUUGGGUUGCGAAGCUUGUGAAAAACGCUGAUGAGAUGGUUAACGGCUGCAAGGUAUCUGAGAUCUGUAGCCCUGAGUUGUGUGAUUCCAGAUUCUGCAAACUUUCUGAGAGAGACGAGAGUGGUGACAACUUCGUGUACAGCCCUUCACUUGAAACGGUUAAAUUCGAUGGAGUAGCUACUUUCGAGAAACAAUGGUCAGAGGGUCGGCUUGUUAUUGUGAAGAAGGUACUUGAUGAGUCAUCUUCCUCUAGAUGGGAUCCUGAGACUGUCUGGAGGGAUAUAGAAGAGAAUUCAGAUGAGAAACUGAAAGAACAUGAUCCAUUCUUGAAGGCUAUAAAUUGCUUGGAUGGGUUAGAAGUUGAGGUAAGGCUUGGAGAGUUUAUAAAAGCAUAUGGAGAUGGAAGAAACCAAGAGACAGGUCUUAGUCUAUCGUGGAAGUUAAAAGACUGGCCGAGCCCAAGUGCCUCAGAGGAGUUCAUAUUCAACCAGAGACCUGAGUUUAUCAGAAGAUUUCCGUUUCUUGAGUACAUACAUCCCCGGUUAGGCCUUCUGAACGUUGCAGCCAAGAUGCCUCAUUACUCGCUCCAAAACGAUACAGGUCCAAAGGUUAUAGUGUCUUGUGGGACGUUCAAAGAAACUGAUGCUGGCGGUUCAUUGAAUAGUAUUCACUACAGCAUGCGUGACAUGGUAUACCUCUUGGUGCACACAUCUGAAGGAACAAAACUCGAUAGAGUGAGAGAGACAAAUCACGGUCCAAGAGAACCUGAUGAGAAGAUGGGAGAAAAUGAGUCACUUCUUAGCCCUGAGAAAAAAAAAAUGGACGGGGAGUUGCAUGAUCUAUCACUUGGUACAGCCAAUACGGAGAAGAAUGAAUCUGAGAUGAUGUGUAGCGUGAAUCCAGAGAGUCUUAAGAUGGAAUCUUCUUGCACGUCUUCAUGUGCAGGAGGAGCCAAAUGGGAUGUUUUCAGGCGCCAAGACGUCCCAAAGCUGGCCGAGUAUUUGCAGAGAACAUUCCUGAAGCCUGAUGAUAGUAUUAAGUGUGAUGUUGCGUCACGUCCGUUGUUUGAGGGAUUGUUCUUAAAUGAACACCACAAGACACAACUAAAAGAUGAGUUAGGAAUUGAGCCAUGGACGUUUGAGCAACUCCGUGGUGAGGCUAUCUUCAUUCCAGCUGGAUGUCCGUUCCAAUUCAGAAACCUUCAGUCAAAUGUUCAGGUGGCGCUUGACUUCUUGUGCCCUGAAAGCGUUGGAGAGUCAGCAAGACUAGCUGAAGAGAUCCGGUGUUUACCGUACGACCAGAAGGCAAAACCUCAGAUUCUAGAGAUAGGGAAGAUAUCGUUAUACGCAGCUAGCUCAGCCAUCAAAGAGGUUCAGAAACUGAUCUUGAAUCCAGAAUUUGGAGCAGAGCUUGGUUUUGAGGACCCUAACCUAACCAAAGCAGUCUCCAACAACUUGGAUAAGGUAAUCAAGCGGCCACAGCAAAUCAGCUGCACUUGAUCAGAAGAAGAUUUGUACAGUAGUAUUACCCAUUGUUGUGACAUUAGUCUUAAACUACUAAUACUACGAUUCAGGAUUUGUAUGUAUCUUAGUGUAUAUGCUUUACAAAUUAUAUGCAUGAGCAUCACUAUUCCACUUCAA